UAAAAUUCAAACUUUAGAAGAUAGGUAAAGUUUUCUAAUUUAUUUUUCUUUUUCUUUUUCUUUUGGCUAUAUUAAAGAGUUUAGCAUGGUCUAAACAAGCAUAUAGGUAAAAUAUGAGAACAGGAAUAAGCCACUAGAUUAGUUAGGACUUAGGACCCAUAAAACACUAACAAACUCGGCAUUUGGAACACUGGCACGUGUCAAUUAAUUUCCAGCAAAACUUCGACAUUGAAUUGGCCAUGAAAACUUGAUCAUGAAUGCGUUCUUUUGUUAUCGUCUUUCCUCUCGUUUGAACUGAAGAACACGGUUACAUUACAGAAUACAAAGUAAUAUGGGAACAGACGAAACCUUUCCAGUUGCAGACGCUGCUGCGGAGCUAAAUCCCGGAAAUAAUACACGGGUUCAAGUUGAUCCGGUAUCAUCCGAGGUGGCGGCCGCCAAGGAAAUUCAGGAACAAGCUGAGGCUGAAGAUAAGAAGAAGGAAAGGCGAAAGAAGGAAGCGUUGCAAAAGCUGAAAUCAGGCAUUAUAAUCUCAGCGGUAGUUGUGGCUGUGGCAGGUGCUGCCUUUGCCAUUGCCAAGAAGUUGAGAGAGAAAUGACCUCACCUUCAUAGAGAUUUAAUUUUUCUAGGUUAGUUUUACAUUAGUUCACAUUCUUCCCUUUUUUUUUUAAUUCUCAAUAAAUUCCCAGCCCCCAGUAUUAUUAUUCCUAUUGAGAUGAUCAUCAUCAUGUAUGCUUUUUUGCGAUGUACUUGAUGAUUGAUGUCAAAGUUCAAGAGGUAGAUCAAUUUAAGAUUUCAUUUUCAUGAUGAGCAAUGGGCUACAACAACGUUACUAGGUUUCAUCGCUUAUCUUUGUAAAUA